AUGUCCUGCUGUGAGAAGAAGAGUUGUCUUAUUCUUUCGAGAUUUGACUGCGAUUAUACGCCAAUGUAUUGUGAAGAAAAUAUCUGGAAAUUAUGUAAGAAAGUAUCAGUAUCACUGGAAGAACUGAACUGCUGCAGUGCUGUAUUCAUUUCCAACAAAAAUGGAAUGGUUCCCUUGUGGAAGCAACGUGCUGCAGCAGCGGGAGGACGAGACUAUGUGAUAUGGGAUUAUCAUGUAAUCUUGUUAUACUCAAAGUCGGGUUCAGUGUUGGUCUAUGACUUCGACACAACGUUGACUUUUCCUUGUGAUGCUCAAACGUACUGGAUCGAAACAUUUCGUCCUGAACUGAAUUUGGAUGCGAAUUAUCACAGAUGUUUUCGAGUUAUUAGUGGCUUACAUUACCUAGAGCACUUCUCUUCUGAUCGAAGUCAUAUGUUGGAAACCAGUGGAAAUCACAAAGCACCACCACCUUCUUGGCCUCCUAUAUAUAACCCAGAUAUCGGCAAUAACCUUCGUAACUUUAUAUCUAUGGACUUCCACUUGUUGAAAGAUAUCAGUAAAGUAUAUGAUGAAAAUUCAUUUUGUAAACUCAUCAAUGAACGGUUAAGAAGAAAUAAAUUGGUAGCAAUGCGACUGCCGAACUUAAAUUUUGAAGUGGCGACCUCGUUUUGUUAUUCGUUUCAUAUAAGAAGAUUUGAAUUGAAACGUGCUUUUACAACUUCAUCACCAGCAAAAAAUAUUAAGCAGUUCUGCGUCGACCUUACAAAAAGAAAUCUUAUUUCCACCUCACAUCCAUCUAAUUUAUCCAGCGAUGAUUUCAAAGUAGUAUCAACUCUUCCCGAUGUUGUUUACGCGGGAUUUGAUCCUACCGCAGAGAGCCUUCACAUUGGUCAUUUACUAGUAAUAACGAACUUAUUUCGAGCAACUUUGCACGGAUGUCAUGCAAUUGCCCUGAUCGGUGGAGCCACUGCUUAUGUUGGGGAUCCAAGUGGUCAUGUUACAGAUCGGAUCAUUGUCUCGGGUAAUGAAAUCGAUCAGUACGCUGGAAAAAUCAAUUUGCAACUAAUGAAGUUAUUUAAUAAUUUCAAAGAAGGUAACGUACAACCGAACAAGCAUCUCUCGAUCGUCAAUAAUGCUGAUUGGCACCUUAAGAUGAGCUCUAUUCAAUUUCUGGAAGUUUGUCGGGAUUUUCGACUGGGUGAUAUGCUAAGAUUAGGAAUGGUCAAAUCCCGGAUGCGUGAUGGGUCAGGCCUUUCUUGCAGUGAAUUUUUAUAUCAGAUAUUUCAGUCAUAUGAUUGGUAUCGCCUUUCGCGUGACUAUAACUGUCACUUUCAAAUAGGUGGAAAUGACCAACUCGGUCACUUUGAUGCAGGCUAUGAUUAUAUAAAAAAGAAAACUGGGAAGCUAUCAGCCAGCAUUUGUUUACCUUUACUUACUGAUGCUCAAGGAAAAAAACUCAGCAAAACUUCUAAGGAAGGUAGUAACAUAUGGCUAGAUGAACGGAAAACAUCGCCUUUCACUUUCUACCAGUACUUUCGUCAGAAACCAGACUCAGAUAUAGUCCCCUUGCUAAGGUACUUUUCCUUACGAAAUGUCGAAGAAAUCGAAGAAAUUGAACGGGAACACCAUGCAAAUUUAGGGAAAUGGGUCGCACAAGAGAAACUAGCGGAAGAGUUGACAAAGUUUGUACAUGGAAGUAAUGGGUUGAAAAUGGCGAAACAAUGCUCGAAAAUACUUUUUCAUGGUUCCCUUUCUGAAUUGCGGAAGAUGCCGACUUCACUUAUAGAAGAGCAGUUCGGUAGUGCAUCAGUGCAGCAGCUUUUUCGAUCCGGUUUUUCAACGAUGGGGGAGUUAGCCGACAGAGUGCAUAAUGGUGAAGGAUCUAGUAUAAAUAAGAUGAAAGCGGGAGCUCUGAAGUUAAACGGAACACGAUUCACGGAUCCUGAUGAAUUGGUCGAUUUCGAUAAAAUUUGUUUGGAUGGCAAAAAUAUCACACUUGUUUGUUGGGGCAAACGGAAGUAUCAUUUAGUUAGGUGGAUUGACUGA